AUGUUGGAGUCGAAGUCGAGGGGUGGUGGUUUCUACGAUUUGGGAGUUUCUAAUUUUGGAAGUUCUAUUUCUGGGCUUUUUGGUUCAUUUGUUGAAGAAGCAAGAAUUUUGAUUUGUGGAGAUAUUAAAAUUGGGAAUGGAGAAAUCCUCUACCUUGAAAUCAUCUGCCCCAACCAUGGAGGAGCAGGAGGUAGUGGUGGACUUGGUGGAGGACUGGGAGGUGGAGCUGGCGGUGGACUGGGAGGAGGAGCUGGGGGUGGACUUGGUGGAGGAGUAGGAGCAGAAGGCGGUGGUGGAGGCAACUGUGGAUGUUUAGGCGAUGGUGCAGGUGGUGUAAUCAUGGAGUUUCACUUUGUUCUUAUCUUUGCUUCAUCUCUUUCACUGUCAAAAUCAAAUCAGGGUAUUGAGCAUUCUAUUUCAAGAAAUCUUAAAGAAGAUCAACCUCAAAUUCCUGAAGUUAAUUAUUCUAGAGAGAGGAGUCGGGCUGCAUGGAAAGUUAUAGAAGAGUAUCUUAUGCCAUUUUUGGAAUGA